GGAGGGAGAAGAUAGAAAGCAGGCCAGUGCUAGUAGAAGGCAGGGAAUAAGGAAGACGGUGUGACACCCCACGCCCACCCACCCACGUAUCCUCCUAAUGUGCUCUGUCUGUCUGGAACAGAUCUUGGCCCUUUCCAAGCGCUCCUGAUGCCUCAUAUGCCUCUGGCUUCUUUUCGAUCACCACUCUGGGGGCUGAGGCCGUCACAGGUCUUCCCCAGGUCGUAUCCCCUCUCUACCCAGUCAAAGCCCCAUGGAUCCUCCCUCUCCCGGAGAAAUCAUGAAGCCAAGAAGAAGCGCCAGCGAGAAAAGCAGGCGGCGCUGGAGGCUGGGGUAGCCCGGAAGAGCAAGUCACCUGCAGAAUCCAGUAAGUCCUGGACUCCUAAGGAGGUGGUGGUGUAUGAAAUUCCCACAGAACGCGGUGAAAAGAAAGAUGUCUCCCGGGUCCUGCCUCCUGCAUACAGCCCUCGAUAUGUUGAGGCUGCCUGGUACUCUUGGUGGGUGCGAGAGGGCUUCUUCAAACCAGAAUAUCAGACCAGGCUGCCCCAGGCCACAGGGGAGACGUUUUCCAUGUGUAUCCCACCUCCCAAUGUCACUGGCUCCCUACAUAUUGGACAUGCACUGACAGUGGCCAUACAGGAUGCCCUGGUGCGCUGGCACCGGAUGUGUGGGGAUGAGGUGCUGUGGGUCCCAGGCUCAGAUCAUGCGGGAAUUGCUACACAAGCUGUGGUGGAGAAGCACCUUUGGAAGGAGCAAGGAGUGAGGAGACAUGAGCUGAGCCGGAAAGACUUCCUUAGGGAGGUGUGGAAGUGGAAGGAGGAGAAAGGUGGAGAGAUCUGUGAGCAGCUCCAAGCUCUGGGGGCCUCCCUGGACUGGGACCGAGAGUGUUUCACUAUGGAUGCUGGCUCCUCAGUGGCCGUGACUGAAGCUUUUGUGCGACUCUAUGAGGCAGGGUUGUUGUAUCGGAACCAGCAGCUUGUCAACUGGUCCUGUGCUUUAAGAUCAGCCAUCUCGGAUAUCGAGGUGGAGAGCCGGCCCCUGCCUGGCCGCACAGAACUUCGUCUGCCUGGCUGCCCCAUCCCUGUGUCUUUUGGCCUCCUUGUUUCUGUGGCCUUCCCUGUGGAUGGAGAGCCUGACACAGAGAUUGUAGUAGGAACCACAAGGCCAGAGACAUUGCCUGGAGACGUGGCUGUGGCUGUUCAUCCUGAUGACUCCCGAUACACACAUCUGCAUGGGCGACAGCUUCGUCACCCCUUGACUGGGCAGCUUCUCCCCCUCGUCACAGACUCUGCUGUUCAGCCACACAUGGGCACAGGGGCGGUGAAGGUGACUCCAGCACAUAGUCUUGCUGAUGCUGAGCUGGGAGCCCGACAUGGCUUGAGCCCUCUGAGUGUCAUUGCAGAGGAUGGGACCAUGACUUCCCUCUGUGGGGAUUGGCUACAGGGUCUUCACCGAUUUGUGGCCCGGGAAAAGAUUAUGUCUGCACUGAGGGAGCGGGGCCUGUUCCGGGGCCUUCAGAACCACCCUAUGGUGCUUCCUAUUUGCAGCCGUUCUGGGGACGUGGUAGAAUACCUACUGAAGAGCCAGUGGUUUGUCCGCUGCCGGGAGAUGGGGGAUCGAGCUGCCCAGGCUGUGGAGUCAGGAGCUCUGGAGCUCAGUCCCUCCUUCCACCAGAAAAACUGGCAGCACUGGUUUUCCCACAUUGGAGACUGGUGUAUCUCCCGGCAGCUGUGGUGGGGCCAUCAGAUUCCCGCCUACCUGGUUGUAGAGGAGCAAACGAAGGGUGACAGGGAGGACUGUUGGGUGGUUGGGAGGACAGAGGCCGAGGCCAGAAAAAUAGCUUCAGAGCUGACAGGGAGACCAGCGGCAGAGCUGAUCCUGCAGAGGGACCCUGAUGUCCUGGACACAUGGUUCUCUUCAGCUCUUUUCCCCUUUGCUGCCCUGGGCUGGCCCCAAGAGACCCCAGACCUCACUCGUUUCUACCCCCUGUCACUUUUGGAAACUGGUAGUGACCUUCUGUUCUUCUGGGUGGGCCGCAUGGUCAUGUUGGGGACCCAGCUCACAGGGCAGCUCCCCUUCAGCAAGGUGCUUCUUCAUCCCAUGGUUCGGGACAGGCAGGGCCGGAAAAUGAGCAAGUCCCUAGGGAAUGUGUUGGACCCACGAGACAUCAUCAGUGGGGUGGAGCUGCAGGUGCUGCAGGAAAAGCUGAGGGAUGGGAACUUGGACUCUACAGAGCUGGCGAUCGCGGCUGCAGCACAGAGAAAGGACUUCCCUCAUGGGAUCCCUGAGUGUGGGACAGAUGCCCUAAGAUUCACCUUGUGCUCCCAUGGGGCCUUAGGGGGCGACUUGCACCUGUCUGUCUCCGAAGUCCUGAGUUCCCGGCAUUUCUGCAACAAAAUCUGGAAUGCCCUGCGCUUUAUCCUUAAUGCCUUAGGGGAGAAAUUUGUGCCCCAGCCUGCAGAAGAGCUUUCCCCUUCAUCGCCCAUGGAUGCCUGGAUCCUGAGCCGUCUUGCCCAUACUGCCCGGGAGUGUGGGCGAGGCUUCCUUGCCCAAGAGCUCUCACUUGUCACCCAUGCCCUGCACCACUUCUGGCUCCAUAACCUCUGUGAUGUCUACUUGGAGGCUGUGAAGCCGGUGCUGUUGCACUCGCCCCGUCCCCAAGGCCCCCCUCAGGUCCUGUUCUCCUGUGCUGACAUCGGUCUCCGCCUCCUCGCCCCACUGAUGCCCUUCCUGGCUGAAGAGCUCUGGCAGAGGCUGCCCCCCAGGCCUGGAGGCUCCUCUGCCCCUAGCAUCUCUGUUGCCCCCUACCCCACUGCCUGCAGCUUGGAACACUGGCACCAGCCAGAGCUGGAACAGUGCUUCUCCCGGGUCCAAGAGGCCGUGCAGGCACUGAGGGCUCUCCGAGCCACAUACCAGCUCACAAAGGCCCGGCCCCGAGUGCUGUUGCAGAGCUCAGAGCCUGAAGAGCAAGGCCUCUUCGAGGCCUUUCUGGAACCUCUAGGCACCCUGGGCCACUGUGGGGCUGUGGGCUUCUUACCCCCAGGUGUACUGGCUCCCUCUGGCUGGGCCCAGGCUCCACUCAAUGAUACCAUUCAGGUGUACAUGGAGCUGCAGGGGCUUGUGGACCCCCAGACCCAUCUAUCUCUGCUAGCUGCCCGAAGACACAAGUUGCAAAAGCAGCUUGAUGGCCUCAUGGCCUGGACCCCAUCAGAGGGGGAGACGGAGACUAAAAGGCAGCAGAGGCUUUCUUCCCUCGAGUUGGAAUUGUCGAAGCUGGACAAGGCGGCCUCUCACCUCCGGCAGCUGAUGGAUGCAUGUCCUAGCCCCAGAGAGCUCUGAGCUCCAGCUCACUAUAUGGUGGUUUUCUUCUCUUCCCGAUCUGCUUUUGAGGAAAGACAGAAUCUAGCAGCUGUCAAGCAUGAUGGAGAUUCUGAGACCUUGUGGCUCACUUCCCAUAUUUCGUAAAUAAGGAAACCGAUUGGUUUGGUCAGUGUCACUGGGUGUCCUCAAGAUGCUCACAUUCCUGCCCAGCCUCCCUCUUAUUCAGUCCUACCUGGAAGUUUAGGAAUGAGAUAAACUUGGUCUUUUUAUUCCUCUU